UUCCUGUCACCUGUUGCUGCUGUACAGGGACCGUCCGGCACAAUGCAGCCACUGGCACCAGCUCUCCUGACACUGCUAUGGCUAUUGACCUUGCAUGGCAGUGCCCAGGGCAGCGUCAGAGGGCCCACCAUCGGGGUAAAGCUGUGUGGAAGAGAAUUCAUACGGGCUGUCAUCUUUACCUGUGGAGGGUCCCGGUGGAGGAGAAGUGAGGUCAUGCAAACAGGGGACCCUGCAGAUCUUUUCGGGAACCUUGGACCCACAGACAUAGAUUCAGACGAAGAAGAACUUUUUAGCGAAUGGGCUGCCAAUCCACGGCCCCACAACAGUGAAAUCAUGGACUAUGGAUCUCCUCAGACUUGGAGAGACCCCACUGGGAACAGACAUGGAGCACCGGAGGACACCGUAAGGGCGGUGGAACGGCGAGGAAGAGAGGCAGCACUGGGCUUGUCCAACACCUGCUGCAAAUGGGGAUGUAGUAAAAGUCAGAUUAGCUCCCUUUGCUGAGACUGGACAUUGUUCCCUAUCCUGGAACCCCUACUUCCCGGAUUAGAGAGGGUCGGAUCACACAUGUGUACAGAGUGUAUGAUCAAUGUACUGUUCUGAGCCCCUAGUGGGCUGUGUCCAAUCACAUAUGUGACAUAUACCAGUGUGUUAUUUAUUUGUAUAUUAUUCCACUAUGUUUGGAAACUGUGAAAACCUAUAAGCUAUUUUACCAUACAAAUAAUAAUAAAAAAGAGCAAUGCAGAAAUGUUCUAGAAGCAUCUGACUGUCU